AUGUUACCUCUCGAUAUAGUCACGAUACAUCUCUUCAAGAUAGCACCGGAAGUACAGUCACAGGCUCAAUUAGAGCCAACUACGAACGUAAUUUUGAAGAUCGUGUAUUAUAUGGACAGAGCGGUGGUCGCAGAUUUAGUUAUAAAAAAAGAAAGACUUGCAGCGGAAAUGGAAUAUUUAGUGCUCCUCCCGGUGUCAGUCCCCAUCAUGUUAAAUCAUCCAUUAUCCGUCGCAAUACAAAUAGCACCGGAAGUACAGUCACAGGCUCAAUUAGAGCCAACUACGAACACUUGCAGCGGAAAUGGAAUAUUUAGUGCUCCUCCCGGUGUCAGUCCCCAUCAUGUUAAAUCAUCCAUUAUCCGUCGCAAUACAAAAUCAUUUUUAUUCUUUUCUAUAAUAGAUGGAUCUCGAUUAAUUUUUGUAUGGCCACAAAAACCACCUAGAAGUAGAUUGUUAAGAAUUUUAGCUCCGCUCAUGCAUGGCAUUCUCAUUGGUUUUUUAUUUAUGGAUGCUAUUCAUCUUUGGCCAGGAGAAUUUUUACCUACAUCGUUGCCUUCUAUAAUACCUGUUCCUUUACCACCUGUAAAAUGUAAUGUAAUUGAACCACGAUGGUUUGACAAUAGUUAGAUAAUGCAAUAUUUUCAUUUUUUUUGAUUUUGAAGUCGCGUAACUUAAAUUCUCUUUUCAUUAUUUAAAAUAUAAAAAAUAAAUUGUAAGAAAAAUUAAAAUGUAAAAGAAAUAUAUUAAAACAUAAAAUUA